AUGACGUCACGUACGUUUAAAUAUCCCAGCGGAGCUCCAGUUCGUCAUUCAGAGCAGCAGCAGCAGCAGAAGAAGAGGAGGAAGAAGAUGAUCAUCGACCGGGUUUCUGACGGUUUUUCGGUUCUACUGGACCGGGACGCGGAUCUGAUAAGUCCGGUGCAGCUGUGGGGCUUCCCCGGCUGCAGAUCCCCCACAGAGCCGCUGCUGUCCCCGGGAGAGCCCAGCUCCGAUUCCGAGUACAGCUGGAGCGACGCCAGCGUGGAGGCGGAGGGCACGCACAGGAGCCGCUAUCAGGGUGUGCGCGUCAAGAACACUGUGAAGGAGCUGAUCAUGCGCAGAAAACACCUACACACACAGGUGCAGCAGCAGCUCCCCGCCGAUGAGGAGUGCGCAGUGCUGCAGGGCAGGAAGAGGGAGGCAGAGAGUGUGUGUUUCUCUGCUGUGAAGCGUGCACGAGCUGCUGACGGACACACACCGAUGGAGUGUGUGUUCAGUGACUGUGAUCUGCUGGAGGAUCUCGGGGCUCUUCUGGCUCCGUCUCUCUCUGUGGGCUCGGUGAUGGAGAGUGUGUGUGCAGACGCGCCACCGCUGUACAUGCAGAACACACUCCCCGCUGUGCAGAACACACUCCCCGCUGUGCAGAACACACUCCCCGCUGCGCCGCCAGUUUCCUUCUUCCAAUGGCAGAUCCAGCAGGAGGAUGAGAAACUGUCAGCGUUGAGCCCUGCGGAGCUGAUGAGCCGAGAUGAGGACGGAGACACGUUCCUCCACAUCGCCGUGGCGCAGGGCCGCAGAGCGCUCGCCUUCGUCCUCGCCAGCAGAAUGGUGGAGCUAGGGGUCCUGGACCUGAAGGAGCACAACCAGCAGAGUGCGCUGCAGGUGUGUGUGGCCGCGGAUCAGCACCUGAUCGCUCAGGAUCUGCUGAGUCUCGGAGCCGACCCGAACACACUCGACCGCUGGGGCCGCUCACCACUGCACGUGUGUGCUGAGAAGGGCCACAGCGCCACAAUGCAGGCCAUCCAGCGGUGUGUGCAGCAGAGCGGCCGGAGCCUCAACCUGGAGCUGGUCAACUAUGAGGGACUGACUCCGCUGCACACUGCAGUGCUGGCCCAUAAUGCAGUGCUGCAGGAACUGAGUGGUCAUGUGACCCAGUGUUUGGUGCUGCUGCAGAAGAGGAAGAAGCUGGCGGAGUGUAUCGCCACACUGCUGCAGAUGGGGGCGGCGCUGGGCACACGGGACAGUAAGAGCGGCCGUACUGCUCUGCAUAUGGCAGCUGAACAGGCCAAUGUGGAGCUGCUGCGCCUGUUCCUGGAUCAGCCGGACUGCUGCAGCAUCAUCAACGCGCGGGCGUUCAGCGGGAACACGGCGCUCCACAUGGCGAGUGCGCUGCAGGGUCGGGAUGCGCAGCUGGAGGCGGUCCGGCUGCUGCUGCGGAGAGGAGGCGACCCCAGCGCCCGCAACCUGGAGAACGAGCAGCCCGCUCAACUGGUGAAUGAGGGCCCGCUGGGAGACCAGGUGCGGCGUGUCCUGAAGGGUAAAUCGGCCCCGCUGCGCCCCUGAGCUCCUCCACACCCGCUGUCAGUCAGGCAGCCGUCUGCUCUACUCAUUUGCUCUGCAGAUGUCGGUUGUUUCCAUGAAACAGAUUAAAGUUCUCUACUGUGUAGAAGAGGAACCGGAAGAUGAGCAGCACACACACACUCUGCCGGACCCAGGAGAGUCCAGAUCCUGACUCAGUCCAGCAGCAGAUCUGUGUGGUGCUCCUGUGUGUAAAGGCCUGAAAACUAUACUCAUACUGUAAUGAUGAUUAUCACUGUGUGCGCGUGCGCGUGCGUGUGUGUGUGUGUGUGUGUGUGUGUGUGUGUGUGUUUAUGAGAAUGCUGUGGGUUAAUCUUCUCCUGAGAUGUGUAUCAGUGAGUGUAAACCUGUUGAACCGGAUGGUCCCGCUGGAGCGCUGGUCUCCACCUGUGGCUCCGGGGUUUCUCCUGAUAAUGAUUAACCUGCUGUGCUCAUCAUGUGUCCCAUCAGAACGUCUGCUCAGAACUAACAGUAAACCCAUCUGACAGAGGCGGAACACUGCUGUGUAGAUGAUGAUGAUGAUGAUGAUGAUGAUGAUGAUGAUGGUGUGUGUGUGAGAUAUAAGUGUGUGAUGAUCUUAUAUACGUGUGUACAUGAUUAUAUGUGUGUGUUUGUGUGUGUGUGUGGUGAAGGGUUGAGCUGAUUGGGCUCUAUUAUUCCUCUGUACGGGUUUUGGGUUUAUAUUCUGUAAAUCUGUAUGAAAUUCAAUCUUCAAUAAAGUUUUCUGGUUUGGG